GCUCGGCGAGGCGCCAGGCCGCGGGACGACGCGCCGCCAUGGCAGACGGGAGGGCCGCGACCCUCGCCGAGUCCGGCUGGUACCUGUCGGAUGAAGGAAUCGAGGCUUGCACAAAUUCAUCUGACAAAAUCAACAUAAAUGAUAUUAUCCUGAUUGCACUUAAUACUGAUUUAAGAGCCAUUGGCAAGAAAUUCCUCCCAAGUGACAUCAAUGGUGGAAAGGUAGAAAAGCUAGAAGGUCCGUGUGUUCUGCAGAUCCAAAAAGCCCGCAAUAUAGCUGCACCAAAGGAUAACGAAGAAUCUCAGGCUGCUCCCAGAAUGCUGCGUUUGCAGAUGACGGAUGGGCAUACAAGCUGCACUGCAAUAGAAUAUAAUUACAUGUCAAAACUAAGUCUAAACACUCCUCCUGGAACAAAAAUUAAACUGUUGGGAAUUGUGGAAGUGAAAAACGGCUUCCUCCUUCUAGAUGAGAACAACACGGUGAUUCUUGGAGGGGAAGUGGAGCAUCUUAUUGAAAAGUGGGAGUUGCAAAGGAGCUUAUCAAAACACAACAGAAGUAACAUAGGAACCGAAGGUGGACCUCCCCCCUUUGUGCCUUUUGGGCAGAGGUGUGCAUCUCAGCUGCAAGUGGACAGCAGGGAGCUUGACCGGAGAAAAACUCUGCAGGUGACAAGUGUGGCUAAGCCUGUUGGAGACAAUGAUGAAUUUGAAAAACAGCGAACAGCUGCUAUCGCAGAAGUGGCAAAAAGUAAGGAGACCAAGACUUUUGGAGGUGGAGGUGGCAGUACCAGAAGCAAUCUCAGUGUGAGUUCAGGAGGAAAUCGAAGCAGGGAAGUGUUCCAAAAAGAGAAGAUGAAACCUGAGGGGAAGAAUGAAGGUGUCUAUCGAGAACUGGUUGAUGAAAAGGCUCUCAAACACAUAACAGAAAUGGGCUUCAGCAAGGAAGCAGCAAGGCAAGCACUGAUGGAUAAUAGCAACAACCUUGAAGCUUCAUUAAACUUUCUUCUCAACAGCAAUAAGCAAACGACUGUUCAAGGGCCCCCCAUUCGAGGGAAAGGAAAAGGCAGAGGCCGAAUGCGCCCUGAAGAUGAGGAGGAAGUGGGAAAUUCCAGGCCAUCUGCUCCAAGCACAUUGUUUGAUUUCUUGGAGUCUAAAAUGGGUACUCUUGCAAUAGAAGAGCCAAAACCUCAAAUAGCUCUGCAGCCUCCAGGACAGCAAAGGGGACUGAAUACUGAGCAGAAUGGCAUAAAAGUGUAUAGCCAUCAAAGACAUGCUUCCCGGAAUGAAACCCGGCAGCCGAGGAAUGAGAAACCACCCCGUUUUCAGAGGGACACUCAAAAUUUGAGGCAUGUCAUGGAAGGGGGUGGAUCCUUAAGAGCCAGAGUGUCAGAAAAGCAACAUUCUUUGGUCUCUGACCAGUGGGCGGAGGAGAGAAAUAAGUGUGAUAGACUUUAUUCUCGAAAAGAUCUUGUAUACCCCACAGCGAUUCACCCUGGUGACUUUCAUUUCAAGAGGAGAGACAACACUCUACUGAACAGGCAAGGGAAAAUUCUGUCGCCCAUGGAAAUGAAAGAGAACUCUGCUAUUCAAGAUCCAGCUGAUAACAAUAACCAGAAGCAAGGAAAUAGGGAAGGCCAGAUACACCAUCCUGACAGUUUUUAUGACAGGAAAGCGCUACUGCUAACAAAUGAGUCUUACACCAGUUUAAAGAAUGAGCAGCACUUUGGUGUAAACAUAGAUUACCAAAAUCCUGUUAGAACUGAUCGUUUUAGUUCCGUACCAAAUGGAGAUUUGGAACAUUUUCAGAAAGGAAGGAGAGUUGGACCUAUUAAAUUGCCUGCACCCAAUAUGGCUACAUCAUUUGAUGGCAAAAUGUUCUAUGACAUUGGGCCCAAAAAGAGAUCUGGGCCGAUAAAACCAGAAAAAAUGUUGGAACCAUCUAUUUCAGGAGAGUAUGGGAAAAGCUGGCAACCUGGGGAUGAAUGUUUUGCUCUUUACUGGGAAGACAACAAGUUUUAUCGUGCAGAAAUUGAAGCUCUUCAUUCCUCUGGGACAACGGCAGUUGUUAAGUUCUGUGAUUAUGGAAACUAUGAAGAGGUGUUACUAAGCAACAUCAGGCCCAUUCAAGCUGACACCUGGGAGGAGGAAGCAAUGGCUUAUGAACAAACCUUAGAAUUCCGCAGAGGUGGUGACGGCCAACCCCGGCGCUCAACCCGACCCACCCAGCAGUUUUAUCAACCCCCGAGAGCUAGGAACUGAUCCAAGGUAUUUCUUGAGGAAAAGCUCUCAGCAUUCUCUUCACAAUGUCCCACUUUGCCUGAAGGAUGGCACUUGACAAAGAAGGCUGAUAACAAACAGAAUACAGAAUACAUCCAACAGAGACAUUUUUUUAAAGUUAGUUCUAUGAAGCUAAUCUUUUUACAUAUGAAAGAAACCAUUGUUAAUAAUGCCAUCAAUAAAAGCCUCCACGCUCUA